AGCUGCUCACGAUCUAAUCUUUAUUUCGAUUGUAGAUGGGUGAAGUUGGCAUGGACGCGUUUCCGCCUAAAAAACUGGACUCGAGACAGGAUUCAAAACUGGAUCGUCCGGUUAUUGAGACUCGACUGGAUUCUAGAAUGGACUACUAUGGCAGCAAAUUGGCUCUACGCGCGAGCCUGCGUUACACUGGAGAAGAUGACCAGUGGCAGACCAGUCGAAGUUCCCUUCGUGAAAGAAACAAAUACAUGUUUAACCGAGAGCUGUUUAGUGAUGUGCGUUUUCUGGUCGGCAGGACAGAGAAAACGUCCAUUCCGGCUCAUCGGUAUGUACUGGCUAUUAGUAGUCCGGUGUUUUCUUCGCUAUUUUACGCGUUUGGGGCACUUCAGGCUGAAGUAACUUCACGAGAGCAGGUAGAAAUAUCAGAAUGUGAACCGGAAUCGUUUCUGGAGAUGCUCCGGUACAUGUACUACGACGAAGUACAGCUGACCACUGAUAACGCGCCGGAAGUCUUGUUCUUAGCCCGGAAGUACCUUAUUCCAAGCUUGGCGGAGAUCUGCACUGAAUUCAUCGCGAGUAACUUAACUGUCGCGAACACUCUUCCUGUAUUGGACCAUUGUUGUCUGCUUGGGGUCAGCAAUGGCCUGGAGAAACAAUGUUGGACAAUCAUCGACCAACACGCUUCUGAAGUAGCUCAAGAUCACCAAUUCGUAGAAAUCGAUCACAGAACGCUUACUGCUUUCUUGAAACGCGACAGCUUAGUUGCCAAGGAGACGGUACUUUUCCAAGCAGCAGUGAGAUGGGCGGGGCGGGAAUGCCAGCGAUUGUCACUUCCGUUGACAGCUGAGAAUAGACGCGAGGUUCUUGGGGAUGCGUUUUAUUCCAUUCGUUUCCCGUUGAUGAGUAUGAAGGAAUUCACUGAAAAUGUGGCUCAGUCAUCUUAUCUAAGUCACGAAGAAGUAGCAAAUAUGUACAUCGGCUUCAACUCCAACUUUCAGUCUUGCAACGUUAAAUUUCCAACAGAGCCUCGUGCUGGGCUUCUUCAAGAGGCGGUCUUUCGCUGCACGCGUUUCGAAUCAACAGCGCUGCGCCCAAAGUGGACAACAGUCGCACCACAACAAUUCACCGUGAAAUUCAAGGUCAGUCAGCCAAUCAGCAUCAUGGGCAUUGCACUUUUUACGGCUGUCACGCAAUCAGCCUCAUCGAGUGUUAGAGUUGAGUUGCGUGACGAUAGGGAUUCUGUGCUGACGUCACAUCAAGCAAAUCUUGAUAACCGCGACGAUGAUAGUGAUACGCAAGACGUCAUAUUUUCAAAAGGGAUAAAAUUACAAAACGAUGUCAUCUAUUCAAUCACUGUUACGUCAGAAGAAACCUUGCAGCGGUUUGGACAGGGGCCGAUGAGUGAGAUCAAUUGUGAAGGCGUCCAGUUUGAAUUCUUUGAGGAAUCAGGGGAUGAACUAGAGACAGGUUACAUACCAGAGCUUUUGUUUCAGCCUUUAAAAGAGGCACCAUCAUCAAUGGCUUUCGUCGAAGACUGUUAAAAAUUCGCUGCCUUAAUGACUAAUCAAACUGUAUUUCAUGCUGUCAAGCAGCGUAUUUACUUUGAAACCCUAUACAAGGUUUGUUUUUCAAAAUCAUCAGCAACGAUCUAAAGCAUUUGCAAAGAAUAAAACACGUUUGCUAUGCGAACAAUAACGAGUUAGAGAAUGGAGUGCAAGAUUUACAACCACUAUGAUAACUGAACUCAGGGGAACGCAGUUUGCUCGGAAUACUAAUUAGUUUUUCAAAAUCGAUUUGAGACCACAAGUACGAUUGCAGGCCAAAACUGAAUAACGCGAAGUUCAAUCGUCAUUUCAUUAUUCACUUUAAAAUCACUCGAUUCAAUCGCCUGAUUGCGAAGAAUUGGACAAUGCUAAUAAUGUAGAAAAGUAAAGUUUUGUGAACAA